AUGUAUCAUAAUAAUAAUAAUAAUAAUAAUAAUAAUAAUAAUAAUAAUAAUAAUAAUAAUAAUAAUAAUAAUAAUAAUAAUAAUAAUAAAAACAAUAAUUGUAAUGGAGGUAAUAAUCAUAAUAUAAUAACAAUAAUAAUAGCAAGAAAGCCCCAGAAAAGCAAUACAGAAUCAUCAACACCAAGUGCAAAAGAAAUGAUGCCAAAACAUUAUUAA